AUGCCAACUACCCGGUCUAAGUCCUCCCCAAAGCCAGCCACCAAGGCUGGCACGAAGCGCGCUUCUGACAGUGCCACUUCUGCCCCUUCAAAGCGUGGUAGGCCUUCAAAGAAGGAGAAGAAGGAGCAACAGGAAAUCAAGGAGAGCACCAAGGAUAAUAAAGACAACGUAAAAGUUCCCGACCAAACCGACAAGAAGCCUGAGAAGAAGGGGGAUCAGGUGGAUGCGGAUAAGGAUCGCGAGCAGAAGCCUAUUAAAGAGGAGGAGGCCAAAGAGAAGAAUGGCGAGAAGACGGCCGACACAGAGGAAGCGAAAGAGGCAGUCAAGGAAGAGCAAGAGCAGAAACCGGGGAAUCUCAAGAGAAGUGAGUCCGUGGUCAAAGAUGAAGAGCGGGAGGCCGAAAUCCCAUCCAACAUUUUGGAAAAGGGGAUCAUCUAUUUCUUCUUCCGACCACGAGUCGGCGUUGAAGAUCCCCACUCCAUCUCCGAUGUAGCGCGCGGCUUCAUCGUUCUUCGACCCCUUCCCCUCGGUGCAAAGCUUGGCGAGGGUACGCUCGAGGACCUUGGGAAUGCUCGACUGCUAGCAUUGCCCAAGAAAGUACUUCCCAAGAGCCACCGGGAUCGAUUCUGGGCAUUCGUGGAGAAGGCCUCGUCUUCUAUCAAGGACCUCCGGGAGCAGUUCGCCAGCAGCGAGCACGAGACUAAAACAGCCGGCACGAGACAUGUCCCAGCAGCAACUCCCGUAGCGGAAGGCGUAUACGCAAUUACUUCCACACCCCGGGCAUCGCAUCUCGCGUACCAGACCACAUAUCCCGAGCUCGGGGAAGUGCAGAAGGAGUUUGGGAUCCAUGAGCAGGGAAGCUAUAUUAUCUCGGUCAAGAAUCCCAAGUUUCCCAGUCCCGUGUCGCUCGGGAAAACAGCAGAGUAUCCUGAGGACCUCAAAGAAAAGUUCAGGGACUUGAGAUGGAUCCCUCUGCAGCCCGAGUUCUUGGAUUAUGUUAAUACGCAGCUGCUGCUUAUCGGCGAGGGACUGGGGACGCUGGGGAAGGCGAUCGAGGAAGAAGGGAAGGACCUGAAGGAGGAAGGUAGAGAAACGCCUGAGGAGGAAAUAGAAAAGCUGGAAGAUGAGGAUCACAUUCGUGUUGCGCAUUUGAAACAAGAUGACCCGGUCUUUGCCGACUUAGGUCUAAGCUCCAAUGAGUAUCAAAAGAUGCAGACAACUUGGUAA